UGUCACUUCUAUAUGCCUGAGGAGCAGUAUCCCAAGGGCUUCGCCUUCGACUGUGACGACGUGAACUUCACCACCGAGAACCUCUGCUUCGUGGGGCUCAUGUCCAUGAUCGACCCGCCCCGGGCCGCCGUGCCCGACGCCGUGGGCAAGUGCCGCAGCGCUGGCAUCAAGGUUAUCAUGGUGACCGGUGACCACCCCAUCACCGCCAAGGCCAUUGCCAAGGGCGUGGGCAUCAUCUCCGAGGGCAACGAGACCGUGGAGGACAUCGCGGCCCGCCUCAACAUCCCCGUCAGCCAGGUCAACCCCAGGGAUGCCAAGGCCUGCGUGAUCCAUGGCACUGACCUAAAGGACAUGAGCACGGAGCAGAUCGAUGAGAUCCUGCAGAACCACACGGAGAUCGUCUUCGCUCGCACCUCACCCCAGCAGAAACUCAUCAUCGUGGAGGGCUGCCAGAGACAGGGCGCCAUCGUGGCGGUGACGGGCGAUGGCGUGAACGACUCCCCGGCACUGAAGAAGGCCGACAUCGGGGUGGCCAUGGGCAUUGCCGGCUCCGAUGUCUCCAAGCAGGCGGCCGACAUGAUCCUGCUGGACGACAACUUCGCCUCCAUUGUCACUGGCGUCGAGGAGGGGCGCCUGAUCUUCGACAACCUGAAGAAAUCCAUCGCCUACACGCUGACCAGCAACAUCCCCGAGAUCACCCCCUUCCUGCUCUUCAUCAUGGCCAACAUCCCGCUGCCCCUCGGCACCAUCACCAUCCUCUGCAUCGACCUUGGCACGGACAUGGUCCCCGCCAUCUCCCUGGCCUACGAAGCGGCCGAGAGCGACAUCAUGAAGCGCCAGCCUCGAAACCCCCGCACGGACAAGCUGGUGAACGAGAGACUGAUCAGCAUGGCCUACGGGCAGAUUGGUGAGGGGCGGGGCCUGGGGGCAGAUCGGGCUGCCAAGACCCUCCCCAGCCAGAAACACCCCCCGCCAGGGGCGCAGAGACCCUCCCUCUAUCGGCCAGGAACACAUCCCCCAUCCCAGGGCUACAGGAAACCUCCCCUCAGCCAGGAAUACACACCCCACCAGCGGCUGCAGGAGCUCUCCCCUCAGUUAGAACCGCCCAGGCUGCAGGAACCCUCCCACCAGGACGCCCCCCCCCAGGUCUGCGAGGAGAGGCGGAGCGUGUUCAGAUACCACCGCCCUGAAAUGCCCCCGCCAGGCUGCCCCAGCAUUUCCGUCAGGUUCGGGGUGAUCGACCCAGACCCCCUGCCCCACCCCACCCUGCUCGCCACCACCUGCUGCCGUAACUGUCCCCAGGUCGUUCACGUCCGGUCGUCCCGUUCAGCCGGAUCCGACCAGCCCGAGGGCAGGAACCCGUUUCAGCCAGUGAGGGGCACCGCGGGCACAGUUUCAUUGUCUCUCUCUCUCAGGAACAAGAUCCUGAUUUUCGGGCUCUUUGAGGAGACAGCGCUGGCCGCCUUCCUGUCCUACUGCCCUGGCAUGGAUGUGGCAUUGCGGAUGUACCCCCUGAAGCCCAGCUGGUGGUUCUGUGCCUUCCCGUAUAGCUUCCUCAUCUUCGUGUACGACGAGAUCCGGAAACUCAUCCUGCGCCGGAACCCCGGAGGCUGGGUCGAGAAGGAAACGUACUACUGAGCCCCCCCACCUCGCUGCCAGCCGCCCCUCCCCCCCGUGCCGGAGACCACGCGGCUGGUGGGACGAUGGCUCGGAGGAAAGUGACUCA